UUAUUUAUCCUCUUUUUGCUUGCUUUCUACUAAAAAAGGUCACAGUUAGCCACUGUGUAGCGCUGCUGCUUGGAUUUCACCAUCUGGGUCACAGACACUUGAGCAGGAGUCCUCCAAACAGAACUAAUACAAAUAAUGAUGAAAUAAACUUUAUAUAGGCCUACAGAUUGUUAUUGCAAAGAGGAGGGCAGAGAAAAAGAUCCAAGAGGAUUACAAGUAUUGAGACAACAAUGCGUGCUUUCUGCAGUGCCAGACACAUUCCCAACAAGUGCUCACUUGUGCAGUGCAGGGAUUAUGGAGGGAGGCCCCUAUCAAAUUGACUAAGAGGUUAUAAUAGUAAGAGAUUACAUGUGUGGUUCCGGUUGUUAUGCUUGAUGUCUGGCAUAUGACCUGUAGAACAUUCAGUCUAACAGUUGAUUAAUAACUAUGAGCUUUGGUAAAGUAACCGACAGUUGGGUUAUAAGUGGUCAGUGUGGUGAGGCGUGGCUUCUUGUCUGUGGUGGUUCAGGCCUGUAAUAUUUACAUCUAUUGAUUUUUUUUGCAGUGAAAGGAAAGUUUAAAAACUGCACUUUUCAUGCCCCUAUGCACUGUUUAUGGCAAUCUUGAAUUUACCAGACCAGCUCAGACAUUUUCCCUGUAUGCCUCUUCCCCCAGGUGGCAAAUCACCUUGGCAAAUCCUUUUUGCAAUGGUUCAUUGACUGGGCAGACAUAACUCAAAUGGUAUAGGCUGCUGAAAAUAUUAUGGCCUCCAAGAGUGGUAGUUGGCCUAUGUUGUUGCACUUUCCAGGUGUGUGUCCAUGUAGCAAGAUAUCUGAAAAGAAAGUAAAAAAUGGAAAUAAAAGUGAAGGCUUUGGGCAUCAGCAUGACUAGGGAGCAGAUUUAGUUUGUUCCAUAUGUUUAGGUACAGAUAGAGCAAGUGGCAUAUGAUACAAAUACACAUUAUGUCUGUCUGUCACAUGUAGAACAUAAUAUAACACAAGACUUGGACUCAACACCCCUGUAGGCCAUGUUUCACCUUCUUCUGGCUGGGUCCUUUAUGAGAAACAGCCUGCAGUUAAAGGCAAUUAAUAGUUAAAGCUUUUAUUAUUAUUUUUUUAUAUCUAUUUACUGAGCCUCCAGGAAGACAAUAAAACAAACAGCUUGCUGUCUGAACAUGCCUCAUUUACAUCUGAUGGGAUGAAUCGCUGUCUUCCUGGAAAGACCUACUGAAUAGAAACUACUGAGUAACAGUAGAAACACCAAUAAUGUCAGUAUUUGCUUAUAGUCUAGAAAUACAGUCAGCUGCUGUAAAAUGUCAGUAACUUUACAGACUUAAUCAAGACAAAGACACUCAUCUGCUGUUUCUGUCAGUUUUUAUUAAACUGAUUUAUUCAGGAAUGUCAGCAUGAUAUCAGCUGAAAUAAUUCUGUGCUUAUAAAUGAUGGUAUUUCCAAACAGAUUACCACAAAGCAACAUGGCACCAAGAGAAGCAGCAGUAUAGCUUCCUAUGAGACGAUGUUGGGCGCAGGCCUGUUUUCUGUCUGCUCAGUUGUGCACUUUCAUUUUUAUUUUAUUUCAUUUCAAAAUAAGUUUUGCUGCCAGGUGCAUUUCACCAUGCUGACCUCUGGUUUAAAAUCUUGCAGUGACAGGUUUAGAAAUAAGAAGAAUCGCCCUGCCCUAUAGUUUAAGUUUUACAUAACACGCAUCUGUUCACUGCGCUUGUGUUUGUCUAGGCCUAUUACCGACAAGAUCAUUCAGGCUACCACUCUUUUUCUUUUGAUCGGUGUUUUAUGGUGUCAGCCAAGCAUCGCGGGGAGAAACGGAGAAAAGGAGGGAAAGAUGAGGCCAGCCCAGAGGGCAAGGCGCGUGUGAGAGGGUCGGGUUUCGUGAGUCACGGAAGUGUUAUAAUUGAACCUGAGAGUUCACUGAUCAGUCGCAGAGAUUGACAGCACACCCAUUUCAUCCCGGCUCUAAGCGUCUCUUGGCACGGUUUGUGUUGGGAGCAUGUCAUAUUCCGUUACCUGCAGAUUAUUACUGAGUUCUCUUUGCUGUUUUUUAUCAUUGCCUUUAAGUACCAAUGCAAAUAGCCUAAAUCAUUUAAUGAGUGACAGUCUGCCCUUACUGCUUUGUGGAGAAAAUGAUAACAUUUUGAGGUAAUUUUUUCUAUUUUCUAAAACGAGGAUCCGGUGACUUCAAAUCACCGGAACAUGCACAAACUACGCCACCAAAUAUUUCACUUGUAGGUCCCGUAUCAAAGUAAUCCACUACUUUUUGUCAGUAACGAAUCCCGGGCUGCUGUGAUCAUGCGCAUUUGUUGUCAUGCUGUCUGGCCAGUGCGUCCUCACCACUUUGAAUCGGCGCAUCUUUGCUCCGUGGCUUCAGUGACUCACUCUGCUUUGAUCACCCAACAACUUUGAGGAUUUAAGGAGCGCUUUCGACCUCUGAGAUGGAGGACUUGAAAACUUCGGAGCGAUUUUUCCACAAGUCGUCAUUCAGCAUCAGCAGUCUGUUGUGGAGACGAGAGGGGGGAAUGAGUGACCAGGAGUCUCCUUCUCCGUCCCAGAAACUGCGCUCCGCGCGUCCAGAGAAAUCCAGUCAGGAGGAAAAGUUUGACAACGAGAAGAGGUGCGAAAACCCAAAACAGUGCGUUAAGGUGGAAACUAAACCGGUGACUGCAAAUGGAAAACGAGAGGGAAAUAAAGGAGAAUCCAAGAAAAGCGGAGGAGCAGAAGAUAGCGUUAAACCUGAGAAGCCUCCUUUCAGUUACAACGCGCUCAUCAUGAUGGCGAUCCGCCAGAGCCCGGAGCGACGGCUCACACUCAACGGCAUCUAUGAGUUUAUCAUGGACAACUUCCCAUACUACCGACAGAACAGACAAGGAUGGCAAAAUUCAAUCAGGCACAACCUGAGUCUGAACAAGUGUUUCGUUAAAGUGCCGCGCCACUACGAUGACCCGGGCAAAGGCAACUAUUGGAUGCUGGACCCCUGCAGUGAGGACGUCUUCAUAGGUGGCACGUCAGGGAAACUCCGGCGCAGAGCCGCGUCUGGCUCCAGGGCCAAGCUUGCGCUGAAAAGAGGAGGAGGUCGUCUGAUGUCCACCGGCACAGCAACCAGUGUGACCUUAGCCACAGCGGGUUCUUUCUACUGGCCGGUGCCGCCGUUUCUGUCCCUACAAACACCAGUACGAACCCACCUUGGCGCAGGGACUUACCUGAGCGCGCAUCCCCGCUUCUCCAACCACGCCACGUCUGUUGUUUCACAGCGGUCCCGGCUGAGCGCAGCAAGUGCCUCAGACGCCGACCGAUUCGUGCAGACGCACCAGGAGAUGUCUUACAUUGGAGUCAGUUGCGCGCAGUCCCGCCGCCACCAGAUUGGCACUGCCUGCACCGCUUUCUCCACAUCCAUCCCUGCGUGCACACUGCCUCUGUCUGAUCCGUGCUCUUUUAAUAUGAUCUCUGGACAAGCCAGCUACUUUUACUCGCAUCAGAUACCGUGUGCCGCAACUUUUAGUCCAUGCCAAGAGGAGUGCGCAACGACCAAGACGCCUCCGGGACAGUUUUUAUCCACGACCGGCCACUCAGACCUCGGGGGAUUUUGUAAUGACUUUCCAAAUUAUUGCCCUCAAAUCAGUUCAAGCCCUCCGUCGUCUUGGAAUAUAGAAAAAUAGACAGACAGAUAUGAUAGGCUACCCAGCAUCUAAAAUAUUACAGUAGAAUUUAGAUGAACAAAUGGCAAAUAUAAGGCCAGAGCGUCACACGUAAAGAAAACCUGCAAAUUGAAAUUUCUUGAGUUUAGGAAAAGCCUGGUAAAUGAAAAAUAUCCCGCAACAUUUGCCUGAUAAUUUGUUUGAGUUAGGAUUUCUGAAUUGAAAUGGCCAGUUUUUGCGUUAGAAUGGAAGGCUGUACAAUUUAAUCAGGACGAUUUGUUGAGAAAUGUGUGUCAAAUUAACAACAUGAGCUGACGUACAGGCUACACAUUUGUAAUGGUCUCAAAAAAAAAUUCAUUUCAUUUCCAAAAGAUGUGCGAAAAUAUGUAUUUGCGCAUUACAAAACACAUCCGGGUAACCAGGGACAUGAUCAAGUUAUCAUUUUUAAAAAUGUAAUUAAUGGUCAGUUACUUUGUAUCUGUUAGCUUAACCUAUAUACAUGUUUUAAAAACAAUGUUCUCCACUUAUGUCAACGUUUUCCAUACAUUAUGUUUAUGUGUAUAUGCACUUGUCAGUAUAGAAACUGGAGUGAUGUUUGCGCGCAUGUCACUGUUUAAGGCCUAAUGCCACAGUAUGAAAUUAUCUCCUUCAAAAUGCCGAAAAAUCCCAUUUUAAAAAUGAAUAAAUUUAAAAAAGAAAUGAAGUGAUUUAUUUAAGCUAGCAUGUUAACCAACCAUUUAAAAAGCUUUUAAAAUGUUGCUGAAGUCGCAAUAUAUUGCAGGUUAUCUUUAAUUUUCUCUAAUUUUUAAAAACCUCGAUGAAAUUAUUUUUAACCCAAGGAGGUGAAUUCACUUUAAAACAUAUAAAAGUAUACAGUAUGAGUAAAAAUACAGUGUUCAAGGAGAAUUAAACUGCUCCUUUGGCGCACUUACUGUCUUCGAUUUCGUUAAUGUUGCAACUAAAAAAUAUUACAUUCCUAUUUUAAUUAGACUACAUGUAAUUAAGCGAUAAAUAAUGCAUUUUUAAUUGUGUUUUCUUUUCGUCUCAUUAAACCUAUACUGUUGUUGAUUGUUCUUAUUUGGCUGUGUUAUUAAAUGUUUCACUCUGGAGAUUUGAGCCCGCACAGGAACUGCAGAUAGAAAUGAAUUGUUUAAAGUAAAAAAAAAAAGUGAAAUAUUCGCCUUUUAAUGGACAUGCUGUGAUUUUUCUUUUAAGAUUAAAACCAGUUCAGAUGUGCAGCUGAACGCUUCUUGAGGAAACAUCACGUUGAAACACAGAUCAGACUGUGAUGUAACCUCAACAGGUAGACAUGACAUUUCCAGAUCUUAUUGAUUUGUCUUGUGUUUCACGCGGCGCUGACAUCACUGCCUGUUAAACUUUCCCUCACCUCUCCCCGUCGCUCCCCCUCACACAGAAAUUAAUAAAAAGAAAAUAGAUGUGCUGCGCGGGGAUUCAGAUUAGAGCAGCGUUCUGGACGGCUGCCUCCGUCUAACAAAAGACUCUUUAUAUCAAAAGACCUCCAGCCCGUCACCUUUCCAAGCCCAGUCACAUUCACAGUCGCCUGUGGUUAAAGCAGACUGGGCUGGAUCAGGUAACUUCACUGUUGGCAAACUCACGGUCUAGAUAGAUGCUCAGAUAAUAAUAUUUUCAUUACUGGCAUCGGGAGUAAUUAUGAUCGCAGCGAAGAGAGCAGGGGACAGAGCUGUGAAUCAACAGGUUUGUGGAAGUUUUAUACCCCGAGGCAGCAGUAAGAAGAUACUGUUAGUUGGUGUGAUAAAUAACCACCUUCCUCUGACAGCUCUACUAAUAACCACAGAGCUAUAAAUCAGCUCUGCUAACAUAUGGUUUCACUAUGUAUUUAACCCACAGUGUUGGACUGUAACUGUGGUUGCUGGUAUCUGUUGUGUAAAUAAUAGGAACUAACAGACUAUACAAAAAUUGUAAGGGGGAGAAGAGGGAGUCACAAAAGUUGUGUAUUUUUUAUUUUUGAGGAAAUUAGGAUAAUUUACUUUUUUUCAUCAGAGCAGGGUAUAGUCUUUUAAUUUAUAUAAUCAUGGGUUUAAAUUUUAUUUUUUCCUCAUGAAAUUAAUUGUAAAACAUUCAUCAAUUAAAAACGGUCACAUACUCAAAAAAAAGUUCUUCCAUGUGCUGUGAAACAUUAAGGUGCAUUUGUGCAAUGUCUCUGUGUCAGGGCUUUAUUUUAUCCAUUAAAAUCAUCAUCAAAAAAAAAAAACUGUUGGAGCAAAAUGUCCAUUUUUAAAAACAGAAUAGACGUAGAUUUAACCCUAAAACCAAUAAAGCAAAUAUAAUAAUAAAAUACAUAAAGCACAAAACUAAAGUUUACCUGUAGCCCAGCAGGACAGCAUUGGCCUCAUGUCAUUGGGUUGAUUAUAUACACACAGUCAGACUGGUCUCCUAUAUGGUACAGUAUCUAACUGUUUAAUAACAAAAAUAGAGUUCAUCCAUAAAGAAAACAAUCUUUUGGCAAUAAUCAUAUAAAUAAAGUGGAUCCACAUUCUCUUAUUUCCUUUUUGCCCAUCUGAUUUAAUGGUUGUAGAUUAAUCUCUGCUCUCUUAAUUGGGAAACUGCAAAAGUGAUUACUGCAGCCCCAUCACAUGUAGGCUAAUGCCACUGUGAGCUCAUUUUACAG